GUGUCGGGUCAGCCAGAGCCAUGGCGACGGUGCGGGAGAAGGCGGCCGCGCUGAACCUGUCUGGCCUGCACAGCCCCGCGCAGAGGCCCCCCGGUUUCAGUGUGGCCCAGAAGCCAUUUGGAGCCACAUAUGUAUGGAGCAGCAUUAUAAACACUCUCCAGACACAAGUGGAAGUCAGAAAGCGAAGGCAUCAUUUCAAACGGCACAAUGACUGCUUUGUUGGGUCGGAAGCUGUAGACGUCAUUUAUUCUCACCUAGUUCAGAACAAGUACUUUGGUGAUGUAGAUAUUCCUCGGGCCAAAGUGGUGCGAGUGUGUCAAGCGCUUAUGGACUAUAAAGUAUUUGAAGCUGUUCCAACCAAAGUCUUUGGAAAAGACAAAAAGCCUGCAUUUGAAGAUAGUAGUUGCAGCCUUUAUAGAUUCACCACAGUACCUAACCAAGACAGUCAAUUAGGCAAAGAGAACAAAGUAUAUUCACCUGGAAGGUAUGCAGAUACAUUAUUUAAGUCAUCUGAUAUCAAAUCGGACAGUUUGGAGGAUCUGUGGGAAAAUCUGAGUUUAAAGCCUGCUAACUUCCCUCAUGUAAAUAUCUCUGCAACCUUGUCUCCACAAGUUAUUAACGAAGUAUGGCAAGAAGAGACAAUUGGGCGAUUAUUACAACUUGUAGAUCUUCCAUUUCUUGACUCCUUACUCAAACAUCAAGAGGUUGUACCUAAAGUUCCUCCACCUAAGAGGCAGUCUGACCUGGUCAACACCAGUAACUAUCUGGAUCGAGGGAUUCUCAAGGCCUAUGGUGACUCUCAGGAGGAUGAGUGGCUGUCUGCAGCAAUUGACUGCUUGGAAUACCUUCCGGACCACAUGGUGGUGGACAUAAGCAGAAAUUUUCCUGAGCAGCCAGACAGAACAGACUUAGUGAAAGAACUUCUGUUUGAUGCCAUUGCCAAAUAUUACAGUAGUAGGGAACCUCUAUUAAAUCACUUAUCUGAUGUUCAUAAUGGAAUCGCAGAACUCCUAGUAAAUGGGAAGACUGAACUAGCAUUAGAAGCGACUCAGCUCUUUCUGAAGCUUCUGGAUUCCCAAAAUAGAGAAGAAUUUAGAAGACUGCUCUAUUUCAUGGCUGUUGCAGCAUGUCCUUCUGAAUUUAAAUUACAGAAAGAAAGUGACAACAGAAUGGUUGUGAAAAGGAUAUUCUCAAGAGCUAUUGUCAACAAUAAAAAUUUAUCCAAAGGCAAAACUGAUCUUCUGGUACUAUUCUUAAUGGAUCACCAAAAAGAUGUUUUCAAGAUUCCUGGAACUCUACAUAAAAUUGUUAGUGUUAAGCUUAUGUCUAUACAGAAGGGAAGAAAUCCAAAUAAAGACACAGGCUAUAUUUAUUGUCAGAGAAUUGAUGAAAGUGACUACUCCAGCAGUACACAGAAGACAACAAAAGAUGAGCUGUUGAAUUUGCUGAAGACUAUUGAUGAGGAUUCAAAACUGUCUGCCAAAGAGAAGAAGAAACUGCUAGGUCAAUUCUAUAAGUGUCAUCCAGACAUCUUUAUUGAGUAUUUUGGAGACUGAGUAUCUAAUGUCUAUAUAUGUUUUGUAUUUUAAAAAAUCUCCUAAAGACUCAAUCAUAUUUGUAAGUUUGAAAAUACUAAAUAUGAAACUGUACUUAAUAAAAGUUUUUUUAUA